AUGCGUACCUACGACGAUACCUUCUCGGGCCAGAGAAUCUACCCCGGCAAGGGUAAGAUUUACGUCCGUGGCGACAGCAAGGUGUUCCGAUUCCAGAACGGCAAGUCGGAGUCGCUCUUCCUGCAACGAAAGAACCCCCGUCGCAUCGCAUGGACGGUCCUCUACCGCCGACAGCACCGCAAGGGCAUCUCUGAGGAGGUUGCCAAGAAGCGCACGCGCCGAACCGUCAAGGCCCAGCGUGCCAUCGUCGGUGCCUCGCUCGAUGUGAUCAAGGAGCGACGCUCGAUGCGACCCGAGGCCCGAUCGGCCGCCCGCGCCGAGGCCAUCAAGGAGAGCAAGGACAAGAAGGCGGCUGCCGCGGCGGCCAAGAAGGCCGACAAGGCGAAGAGCGCCUCGCUGGCUUCCAAGGGCCAGACGCAGCGAAACGUCAGCAAGCAGGGCGCAAAGGGUGCGCCCGUCAAGGUCGCCGCUCGGACUCGCUAA